CCUGUAUCGAACCGAAAUGCCCAACACAUCUUGCUUCGCACUCCGUUCAGCGCGCCCACAAGCGCGCUUUCAUUCGUGUCCAAGAAUGUAGAUAUACACUGCAACAUGGGAGUAUAAAUUAUGGGAGCCGUUAAUCCGGAAAGGGACGCGCUCGUGGCAGAGUGGCAGGAAAUCCUCGCGAGCACCAACAAGCCGGCCGCUUUGAAGCAGCGACAGGGAUGGUUCUCCAAGGCGUUCUCGUUCCUUAAUACGGCAGAGCACAAAAACCACUGGUGGUGCGUCCAUACGCCCGUCAUCCGCGCCCUCUCUGAGACGCUCUUCUAUGAGGCGCAGCCGGUGGUGCAGCGUCUGUGGGCGGAGAACACACGGCAGCUGUCGGAGUGUGCGGAGUGCAUCAAGCAGUAUCGGGCGGCGCAGGCGCACUUUGCCUCCUCCGGCCCGGAUGCGGUGAAGCUUCUCAAAGUGAUGGCGCGGCGCGAUGCGGAGCGCGUGGCAGCCUGGCUGGCGGCGGCUCCAGGGUGCAGCGGGGGCCCGGCCGGGGCCGACGGAGCGGCGGAGCUGGAGGGCGUGCCGCAGCAGGUGGUCUUGGGCCUCUUCGAGGCGCUCUCGCACCCGUCGCUGCUGGCGGACGCGCAGGUGGCGGAGCGGAUGGCGGCGGCACUGCUGGGGCUGGCGCGCAGUGGCGACCACGGCGGCGGCGGCGGCGGCAGCAGCGGCGCCGCGACCCUGUCUGCCGAGCUGGCAGAGGGCGGCCGCUUCCCCGGGCUGUACCUGCUGGCUGCGUAUCCCGACCCGGCUGUGAGGGCGCUGGUGCUGCCCGCGUUGCAGCAGCUGGGCCCCAUCGCCACCGCGGAGGAGGUGGCGGCGGCGCAGCUGGAGGCCCUGCUGCGCGGCUGGACGUGCCGGCUGCGGCGGGAGCUGCCGCCGCGGCUGCGCCCGGCGCCAGCGGCGUCACAGGCAGGGACAGCGGGAGGAGCGGGAGCAGCGGGGGCGGGGUCAACGGGAGAGGCGGGCGCUGGCGAGGAGGCGGAGGCGGAUGCGGAUGUGGUGGUGGUGGAGGAGCUGGAUGCGGCGGAGGCGGACCCGGCCACGGGGCGGCGGCGCUUCCAGCAGCCGCUGGAGUCGCUGUGGCUGGGGCUCAAGGUGCUACUGCAAGCGCUGCAGCCGCCAGCGCUGGCGGCGGCGCUGGAAGCGGCGCCGGACCUGCCGGCGGCACUCGUCGCCCACAUCCUGGCCUGGCGCCGCGCAGCCGCGAGCGCCGUCGGCGGCUCCGACCCACAUGGCAGCAGCGGUGGCAACAGUCACAACCCACAUGGCAGCGGCGGCGGAGCGCUGCAACACCACCAGCACCAGCAGCACCAACAGCUGCCGCUGCCUGCCAGCUACCGCCAUAUGCUGGGCUGCCUCCUGCCACUUGCGCGAGGGCUGGGCGGGGACGAGCUGCGGCAGGUGUGCGACGCGGCGGCGGCGCCGGCUGCUGCUGCUGCUGCCGCUGCUGCGGCGGCGGCAACGACUGCCACCGCGGCCGCGGCGCCAGGUGGCGUGGAGGCAUGGCCGGGCGCCCGGGCUGCGGCUGCGGCUGCAGCGGCAGCGGGCGGCAGUGGGGAGUAUGAUGGCAGUGGGGUGACGGCGCUGGUGGCGGCGCUGGGCGAUGCGGCUGCCUGCACGCCCGACCCGUCCAUGCACAAGCUGAUGGUGGACGUGGUGGGGGCGCUGCUAGGCUCCCUGGCCGCCAGCCCCGCCACCCCCCACCCCGCCCUCCGGGCCCCGCUCAACCUGCUGCUGCGCCAGGUGCACGGCGGCGGCGGGUACGGCACCGGGCUGUACGGCGGCGGCGCCGGCUGUACGACAGGAGCUGGCGGCGCGGGCGCGGCGCCGUACUCGUACGGCGUGAGCUACGGCUAUCCGUACAGCGCGCUGUGCCGGGCGACGGCGGCGCUGGCGGCGUUUGGCGGGGUGGGGGCGGCGGUGGGCCGCGGCGGCCACUCGCCCGCCUUUGGUUCGGACCUGUACGGGCCGGCGGCGUGCCAGGCAGUCAUGUCGCUGCCGGCGGCGGGCGGCGACGCCGUGGCGGCCGCGGUGGCGGCGGCGGCGGGCAACGGGCCCCUGGAGCUGCGGGUGGUGGAGGCGGCGGCGGCGGUGGUGUGCCUGGUGCUGCAGGCCGACGCCACGGCGCUGGCGGCGGCGCUGGACCACUCGCGCCCCACCAGCGCCCUGCGCCGCGUGUGUCCCUCCGCCCUAGAGCCGCUGCGCCUGGCGCCGGCGGAUGCCUGCCACGCCGGCGGCGGCGGCGCUGAGGGCGGCCCAGGCAGCACCAGCGCCCCCAUGCCGCUAUCACAAGUCGGCUCCCAGCCGGCAGCCUUGGCCGCGCCAUCAGGUGCUACAGCCGCUGCGGCAGCGGCUGCAGCAGCGGCUGCGGCUGCUACAGCCGCCUGCGAGCUGGCGCUGGACGGGCUGGACAGCUACUGCGCCACGCCGGCGGCGUACAUGGCUGUAGCGGGCUGCCCGCACCCGGCUGUAGCGCUGGCGCUGCUGCAGGCGGCGGCGCACGUGGCGGAGCUGGAGGAGGGGGCGGCGGAUGGCAGUGGCUUUGCCGCACCCGGUGCCUGGCAGGGGCCAGGCGGCCGCUCCGCGGCGGGCGCCCUCCUGAGCGCGACGCAGUGGUCGGUGCGGCCGCGGCCCGAGGGCCCCAACGCCUGCGCCGUGCCGGUGGUCGCGGCCGCACCGCAGCUGCUGGCGCGGCUGCGGGAUGCCACGGUGGUGCACCUGGAGCGGGCGGCCGCGGAGGCGCACGUGCUGGGCAUUGCCGCCGACCGCCUGCCGGGCGGGCCCAUGGCGCCGCCGCCGCCGCCGCCGUCGCAGCCGCUGUCGCUGUCGCAGCAGCCGCAGCAGCAGCAGGCAGCGGAGGCGGGGUCGGAGGCGGAGGCGGCGGAGGCGGCGCGGGAGGUGGCGACGCGGGCGGAGGGCGAGGCGCUGGCGGCGCUGCUGCGGCUGGUGUGCGGGGCGCACGGCGGGCUCAGGGCCGCGGCGGAGGCGGCGUUGGUGUCGCACUUCCUGAGCCCGGCAGACGCAGCGGACGCGGCGGCGGCCGCCGCCGCGGCGGCCGCUGCGGGGGGCGGCGGCGGCGGUCCGCUGGAACGGGCAUUCGCGGGCGGCUGGCUGGCCGUGUCCUCAGGCCACUCCAAGGUGGUGCUGGCCACGUGCACGCAGGUGGUGGAGGAGCUGGCGGGGCUGAGACCCAUGGACCGGCUCAUGGCCAGCAGCUGUCUGGCGCCCAGCCUGCUGUGUGUGCAGGCCGUGCUGCGUGCCGCUGCCGACCACGACGGCCUGCACGGCCCCGCCUUCGAGCUGGCGCUGAGGGCGUGGGCGCUGGGCGUCAGGAUGCUGGAGCAGGGCCUGCCUGUGUACCGCGCGCGGCGCGAGUGCCGCGGCGCGGUGCUGCCGCUGCUGCAGCUGCUGGCGCCGUGCUGGUACUUCCUGCUGCAGGCGCCAGAGGGCCGCGCUCCCGCGCCGCGCCUGCUGCGUGCCUGGCUGCCGGCGCUGCUGCGCUGGGCGCCCGUGCUCUGUGCUGACCCGCCAACGGCCUCUGGCGGCGGCGCCGCCGGACUGCUGUCCUUCAGCGCCGCCGGCGGCGCCGCCUCCGCCGCCAAAGUGCUGGUCGGCUCGUUGGAACUGAUGAUGGGCACGGUCCGGGAUCUGGGUCCACUGGCUCCUGAAGCGCUGGAGGCGGCGCGGGAGGUGCUGGCGCCGCCGGGCGCGGCGUUGGCGGCCGCAGCGUCGGCGGGCAGGGGCCUGGCGGCGGCGACGGCGGCGGCGGUGGGUGGCGGCGGCCCCGCUUCGCAGCUGGAUGGGGAGCUGCGCAUGCGGCUGGCGAGUCUGUUUCCCGAGGUGGCGCCAGGCAACCUGGCAACAGCGGCGCUCAACCCGCUCGCGGGUCUGCCCUCCCGGGCCGCUACAGCCGCAGCUGCCAACGCGGCGCCAGCGGCACCCGGCCGGCAGCAGCCAACGCCGCAGGCGCAGCAGGGCGCGGCAUCCACGCCCCGGCAGCAGCAGGGCCCGCGCCUGCAGCAGCAGGGACAGCAGCAGCGCUCGCCACGCGGGGCGCCGGGUGCCGACUUCGUGCCGGAGUCGCCGACACGUGAUGACACCGACCAGCCCUCCGUCUUCACACAGCUGCCCACACAGGCGCGCCCCAGCCCCCUGCCGCGUCAGCAGCAGCAGCAGCAGCAGCAUCAAGGGCAGCAGCAGCGAGGGCAGCAGCAGCAGCAAGGGCAGCAGCAACACGGGCAGCAGCAGCAACAGGGGCAGCAGCAGCGGCCGGUUGUGGGGGCACGGCCGGCGGUGGUGGAUCUGACCCUCAGCGACAGUGGGGGAGAGGAGGACGAGGAGCAGGAGCCGGAGGGGGGCGCUGGCGCGGCGGCAGCAGCUGCGGAGGCGGGGGCGCAUGAGGCGCAGCAGCCUCAGGCUGAGGAGGAGGAGGACGUCGGCGCGGGCGAGGACGAGGAGGCAGAAGCGGCGGCGGCAGAGGAGGACCAGCUCGAGUUUGAGGGGGGUGAGGAUCGGGAGGAGGCGGGCGGGCAGGGUGAGGAUGAGGGUGAGGACGAGGAUGAGGAUGAGGAUGAUGAUGUCGAGAUCCUGGAUGGGCCCGACGUGGUGAUGGCGGCGGCGCUGCGGCCGUCUCAAGACGACCCCGAGGACAACCUGCCUCUGCGGCGGCGCAUGCCCGCCGCCGCCGCCGCCGCCGCCGCCGCCCACCAGAAGCAGCAGCAGCACCUGGUGACCGGCUAUGACGACACGGCGGCGGCGGCGGCGGCGGCGGCGGCGGACAGCGACGAGGAGGAGCUGCGGCGGCUGCCGGUGCGCCGGCCGCCGCCGCCACUCGCCACGCAGGCGGACGGGCUGUGGGCCGCCGCCUACAGCGCGGCUGCUCCUAGUGCUGGUGGCGCGACGGGUGGCCGCGGCAGCGGUGUUGCUGGUGUUGGUGCGGGUGCGGGUGCCGGUGGUGGUGGUGGAAACGCGAGCAACCCAUUCGCGACCGUCCCGAGGCGCCCGCCGCCCGCCGGCGGCGGCGCCGCGUUUGUCCCCAAGCCACGGAAGCUGGCGGCGGCGACUACGGCGGCGGCGGCCGGGGGCGCCGGCGUGAAGGCUGCUGCUGCCGCCGCUGCACAGGCUGUUCCCAAGGCCGGCGGUGCAGGGGCUCGCACCGGCAAGGCUGGGGCCGGGGCCGGGGCUGAGGACUUCAAUUUGACAGACACGCUUCGGGCCUUGGAAUCGGCGGUGGUGCGAACGGGCGGCAUGGACAUCGCCUCAAUCCGCACCCUCCAGCGCCUCAAGAUGGCGGCGGCGGCGGCAGGCGGCGGCGGCGGUGGCCGUGACAAUGACGGGCUGGGGCGGGCGGGCGGCAAGGCCCGGCAGCGGCGGCGGCCGACGCCGGCGGCUAUUGCGGUGCUCGGCGCGGCGGCGCCGCCAGCAGCGGCGGCGACUGUCGGUGGCGGCGUGGGUGUCAGCGCAGCGGCGGGCGGCUCCAAGGCGGCUCAAUGGCGCAAGGAUCUGUUGGGGAGAGGGACCGGGGCUGGCGGCAGCGGCGGCGGCGGCGGUGGAGCAGGAGGUGGCGGAGCAUGGAUCGGGGCCGGGGACAGGGGUGGGCUGGAGGGCGGGCGGCGCGCACGCGGCUGGGCCGUGGGCGGCGGCGUCGGCGCCGGUGGCGGUGGCGGCGCUGCUGGUGGCGGCGGGGGGCGGGCGGGCGGUGCUGUGGGGCCGCCGCCGGACCCUCUGGAGCAGCAGCCGGCGCCCAGCCUGAGGAGCUUGCACCAGCAGCAGCAGCAACAGGCAGCAGCGGCGGCGGCCGCGGUGGCGGCGCAGCCGCCACCAACCGACAACGGCAACGACUUCCACAUCGACGCCACGCAGCGGGUCCUGGUCAUCGACGAUGACGAUGACUUCUUUGCCAGCCAGCGCGCCGGCGGCGGCGCCAACGGGCCCAACGGCCCCAACGGCCAACCGCCGCAGCGCAACCGCCUCGGCCUGGCGGGCCUGAUGGCGGCGGUGGUUGGCGGCGGCGGCGGCGGCGUGCGGCACCGCAGCGUGGUGCACCUGGAGGCGGGGCCGCGCGGGGGCGGCGCCGCGCCCAAGCCGCUGCCGCCGCUGGUGCAGGUGCUGACGAUGAAGCAGGUGGUGCGGCAGGUGCUGCAGCUGCGCAUGGAUGUGCUACUGCCGCUCGUCGGCAGUAGCAACGGAGGUAGCGGCAGUAGCAGGUCGCUGACGGCUCGGGGCUCGCUGCUCAAGGGGCAAAAGGUGCCCGAGUCCUUCGCUGACCUGCACCACUACACCGACACCUUCAGGGAGCUGCUCAUGGAGGAGCUGGCCGCCUCCGUCCGCAGCGCGGUGGAGGACCUGGCUGCCGGCGCCGACAGCUCCAGGGGCAGCCGCGGCGGCGGCGGCGGCAGCAGCAGCAGAGGGGCUGGCGGUGGCGGUGGCGGCGGGGAGCGCGGCCGUGCGCCGCCUGCGGUGCGCGCCGUGGUACUGCUGAAGACGCGCAGUGACGACAUGAGUGCGGUGCAGCUCAAGGUGGAGAACGCAGGCGGCGGGGCGCAGCGCGACAUGUGCCGCGUGGACGACCUGGUUCUGCUGACGCGGCAGCCGCUGCCGUCCGCCGCCGCGCUGCUGACGCCGCCGGCACCCUGCGUGCUGGGGGUGGUGGAGGCGGUGGCGCCGGACGACGGCGGGUGGCUGGUGACACUGCAGGCCUGCCUGACCGGCCCCUCGGGCGGCGCCGCCGGCGGCGAGCUGCUGGAGGCGGUGGUGCUGCCGCGCACCGAAUGGCACCUCACGCACCUGACCAGCCUGGUGCCCAACUUCCGGGAGUUCCACGCUCUCUGCAACCUGUGGCGCCUGCACGACCCCACCGUGCGCUUCCUGCUCUCCCCCACCUCCUCACCCUCUACUACUGCUGCGGCUACUGCCGCUGCUGCUGCCGCUACCUGGUCGGCUGCGGUUCUGCCUCCUGGCCUCAAGUCGGGGCUGGAGGCGGCGUUCAAUGAGCCGCAGCGGGCAGCCAUUCUGGCGGCACUGGCGCCCACACCCACAUUCACACUGGUGCAGGGCCCUCCCGGCACCGGCAAGACGUCGGCCAUCAUGGGUAUGCUGUCAGUGCUGCUGGCGCGACCCGACAUUAUGGCGUACAGGGCGGGGCAGUCCGGCUUUGCACCUGAGGUGUCCGGCGCGGCCCGGGCGGCGGGCGGCGGCGGCAAGGCGGGCAGCAGGAGCCGCGCCGGCGGCCUGGCGGCGGCCGCAGCCGCAGCAGCGCUCGGCGGCAAGGGCGCCGCCACCCGCGAGGCUGCGGCGGCGGCCGCUGCCGCCAUCGCCGCUGCGCCGUCUGGUCCGCUCAAGAAGUCAUCUGCAGCCCGGCGCUUCGCGGCCGUCAAGCUUGCAGCCGCCAAGCUUGCCGCCGGCGCCGGCGCCGCGACCGCCAAGCCUGGUGCCAAUGGCCGGGAGCGGGACGCCGAUGCCGACGACGACGAUGUGGCGCCGCCCGCCAAGCACCCGCGCCGGGGCGGCGGCAACGCCGGGGCUGACGUGGCGGAUUGCAGCAGCAACGUCGGAAGCACUAGCGGCGGCGCCGAGGGCUCAGGUGGCGGCGGCAGCACCAGCGGCGGCGUGGGCGCGGGCAUGCUGUCCCAGGCGUGUCUGGAGCGGGCGCCGCAGGAGGCCCUUGACGCCUUCGACUUUGCCAACCCGCCCCGCAGCCGAGUGCUGGUCUGCGCACAGUCCAACGCGGCCAUUGAUGAGCUGCUGACGCGGCUGGUGGGCGAGGGCGUGUGGCGGGCAGACGGCGCCAGGCGGCCGCCGGCGGUGGUGCGACUGGGCCGAGUGGAGGUGACGCACGGACCGGUGUUGGCACUGCACGUGGACUCUCUGGCGGAGCAGCUGGCGGGCCGCCACGACGGCACGCAGGCGGCGGGCGCGGCGCUGGAGGAGGCGCGCAAGGACCUCAUGGACGCGCGGCGCGAGUUCGAGGAGGCGCAACACGAGCUGGAGGAGGCGGAGAAGCGCAUCCUCAGGAAACAGCAGCAGCAGGGCCAGGGCCAGGGCCCGGACACUGCAAACCGCGACAAGGGCAAGGGCAAGGGCAGUAGCAAGGGCUCGAAGACAAAGCGGGCAGCACGGAAGCGUCGGCCUGGCGGCGGGGGCGGCAGCGAUGGCAGCGACGCGGACAUGGAUCUGGAUUCCAACGGCUCCGGGUCGGAUGCGGAUUCUGGAUCCGAAGACGGCGAACCGGUGGACAAGGAUCCGCCGGAGCCCGGCGAAGUGGCGGAGGGGGCAGAGGCGGCGGGGGGCGGCGAGGGCGCGGCGGCUGAGGCCAAACAGCUGGCGGCGCUGCGGGAGCGCAAGGAGCGGCUGUGGGAGCGGUUCAAGUUCACGGAGCGCAACCAGCGGCGCGGCGGUCGCGAAGUGGAGCGGCAACGCAAGGAGCUGAGACAGGCGGUGGUUCUGGCGGCGGAAGUGGUGGUGACCACACUCUCCGCCGCCGGCGGCGACCUAGCACAGCUCUGGGCCGCCGCCACCACCAACGCCGCCGCCGCCGCCGCCGCAAAGGCCGCCGCCGCCGCCGCUGCGCGGCCCGCCGCCGGCAGCGCCGCCGCCGGCUUCGCCGCCAUCGCCGAGGCCGGCGGAGGCGGCGGCGGCGGGCCGGGCUUGGGCGCGCCGCCGCGCUUUGACGCGCUGGUCAUUGACGAGGCGGCGCAGGCGCUGGAGCCGGCGGCGCUCAUCCCGCUGGCGCUGCUGCAGCCGGGGGCAAAGGUGGUUCUUGUGGGCGACCCCCGUCAGCUGCCGCCCACGGUGCUGAGCCGCGCCGCCGCCGCCGCGCGCCUGAGCCAGUCGCUGUUCGAGCGGCUGCAGCGCGCGGGCGUGCCCGUCACGCUGCUCAGCAGGCAGUACCGCAUGCACCCGGCCAUCAGCAGGUUCCCCUCCUCCUUCUUCUACUCCAACGAGCUGCUGGACGGCGAGACAGUCAGCGCCGCCGCCCGCGCUGCGCCCUGCCACCACCACCCACUGCUGGGGCCGCUGGUGGUGUGGGACGUGGAGGGAGGCCGGGAGCGGGCCGGAGGCGGCGGCGGUGGCGGGGCCGGUGGUGGUGGUGGCGGAGGCGGGGGCUCGCUGCGAAACCAGGCCGAGGCCGAUUUCGUGGCAGACCUGUAUGUGGGCCUGCGGCAGCGCUAUCCGCACUGGCGGCCGCGUGUGGCGGUGCUGACGCCCUACCGCGCACAGCUGGGGGCGCUGCGGGCGGCGCUGAGGCACGCGCUGGGGGCGCUGGGCAGCGGCGGCGGCCCGGGCGGUGGCGGCGGCGGCGUUGGCUGUCGGGAGCUGGUGGAGGCGGAGGAGUCGGGUCUGUUAGACAUCAUGACCGUUGAUGGGUACCAGGGCCGAGAGGCGGACGUGGUCAUCUUCAGCGCCGUGCGCGCCAAGCCCAGCCACGCCCUCGCCCUGCUCAACUCCGCCGCCGCCUCCACCAACACCGCCGGUGACACCGCCGCCUCCGCUGCUGCCAGCAGCCUCUUCGACGCUGGCAUCAACAACAACAGCAACAGCGGGGUGGGGGGCGUGGGUUUCCUGGCGGACGUGCGUCGGAUGAAUGUGGCUCUUACGCGCGCCCGCGCCUGCCUGUGGGUGGUGGGGCACGCCGCCACGCUCGCCACCAGCCAUCCCUGGCGGGCGCUGCUGCGGCACGCGGCGGCGGCGGGCGGGCUGAUGCGCGCGCCGGGCAGCGGCGGAUACGGCGGCAGCAUCUCGCUUCGGCGGCUGCUGGCGGCGCCGCUUCCCUCAGAGGCCGCCGCCGCCUCCCAGGGCGGCGGCGGCGGCAGCGGGAGCCUCCGCAGCCGCAACAGUGGCGGUGGCGGCGGUGGCGGCGGCGACGGCGGAUGGUUGGCGGCAGAGGUGGCAGCGCUGGUUGUCAGUGAGCGGCAGCUGGAGGCCAAGGUGGCGGGCGGCAAUGCGGCGGCGGUGGCAGGCGACGCGGCGGCGAUGCCGCCGCCGCCAGCGAGGGCGCCGGCCGCCGCCGCGGCGGCGCGUGAGGCGGGACCUGGGGUCCGCAAGGACGGCGGCGGCAGCGGCAGGCCUGCGGCGCCGGAGGGAACAGUCGGGGCAAGGGUUCCAGCGGCCGCAGGGUUUGACACGCGGCCACGUGCGCCGGAGCGUCAGCGGUCGGCGGAGCGCGAUCCGUCGCCGCCGGCUGCGAGCGGCGUGGCUGCGUUGAACCAGCGCUUCGGCGUGUCCCGCGUGGCUCGCCCGCAGCAGCCGCAGGACGCCGCUGGCGACACGGCGGGCGCCGCGGCGGCCGCAGCCGGAGGCGACGGAGGAGCACCGGCGCCAGGCGGCAGCGCCAGGGGUGCCGGGGCCGCAGCUGCGGCAGCAGCCGCUGAGCGCGAUCGUGACAGAGGGGCGAGCAGGAAUCCGGAUGCCGGCGCCGCUGGCGGCAGCCACAAGCGGGCCCGCAGCCGCGAGCGGGCCGUACCUGCUGAGCGGGAUGCAGCUAUGAAGGACGCGGCGGCCGUUCAGCCGCGGGUGCAGCAUUCGGACAACGCACGAGACGCCGCCGGGGGUGUCACUGGAGGUGUCGGCCUCGAGCCCAGGAGCAGGGGGCCCAGUGCUGACGGCAGCAGCGGCGGCAACAGCGGCGGCGGCGGCGCUGAUGCGAAUGCAGCUGCCAAGGCGCAAGCCGCCACGUCCCAGACCCUGGGCUCGGCUGCAGCAGGGGAAAAGGCGCCGGGCUCAAGUGCUGGCGCCGGUGCGGACGGAGCGGGCCGAGGGCGUGACAGCGGCGGAGGCGCCAGCGGCAGCGGCCCCAGCGGCACCACCGUCGCCAAGCUGCCGCCCGCGAAGCCGCCUGCUGGCUCCGCAGCGCCCAGCGCGCCAGCCAUUGCAACCGCCAGCACCCGGCCUAGCAUCUCCGCAGGGCCCGGGGCCUUCACCGCAGCCGCCGGCGCCGCCGCGGCGGCCACGGCAAUGACAGCGCCGGCGUCUGCCGCGCCAGCCCUGGCGGCGCCGGCGGCAGCACAAGCAGCGCAAGCAGCUGCUGCUUCAGCAGCCAAGCGGAAGCGGGGCGAUGCCGACGGCGAGGGAGCCGGGCGGGAGGUGCGGCGGGCACUGGGCCCAGGAAAUUCCCCCGCCAGUUCAAGCAGAGGAGGAGGCGAGGAGCGCGCCGGUCCCGGGCUGUCGCUGCCGGUGGCGGGCGCAGCCGCUGGCGCGGCGCAGCCACCAACCGCACGCGAGCGGGCCAUAGCGGCCGCCAAGGCGCAGGCGGCGGCGACAGCUGCCAGCGCUGCCAGCGCUGCUCCCGGUGCGGCGGCUGCAGCGGUGCACCGCCGGCCCGGUAGCAGCGGCGGCGGCGGGGCGGCAGCCACCACGGGCGCGGGCGCCGCCGGUGCCAAGCCACCCAGUGGCGCCAGUGGCUCUGCACCGGGAGCCGCCGCACGCGCCCCAUCACCGCCGCUGCGGCCCGUCGCCCGCUCCUACGCCGUCUUGCCGCCGCUGCGCCCAAACAGCAGUGGCGACCUGGCUGCUGCUGCGGCGCCCGCCGGCGCUGCCGCAGGCCUGAGUGCGGUGGCGCUUGCAGCCAGGCCGCCGGCACCAGCCGCCACGGGCGCGGGUAGCAGGCGCAGCGGCGGCGGUAGCGGCAGCGGCGGCGCCGGGGCCGCAGCUGCACCCGCCACAGCCGCAGCGCAUCGCGGCGCCCCUGCCCCGCCUGCCGCCACACGCGCACAGGAGGGGGAGCUGCCGGCGCGCGGCUGGGACGAAGCCAGGGCCAAAGCACGCCCACCCCCGCCGCCGCCGCCGGCCCCGCCACGCCCGCACCCAGGCUCGCCCAAGCGAGCGCCACCCCCGCCCCCGCGAGCACCGCCUGCGCCUCCUCCGCUUCCGCCUUCCCCACCACCGCCGCUGCCGUCGCAGCCGCCGCCACCAUCGCAGCCGCCGCUGCCAUCCCAAGACCCGCCGCCGCUGCCACAGUCACAAGGGCCUGCGGCCGUGUUGGCGCGUCCCGGAACGGGAGGUGCGGCGCCACGCCACGGCCGGGCGUUGGCAGAGCCGCCGGAGCCUGGUGAGCUCAGGCCGUCAGAAAGGGACCGACAGCCGCCGGCAGGCAGGGAGCGAAUGCGUGAGCGAGAACGGGGUCGAGAGCAGGAGUGGGAGCGGGGGCGGCAGGGGAGUCUUGAGCCUGAGCGUGUGUUGGUGCGGCGGCCAAGCCUGGAGCCGGAGAGGCAGCGGGAGGGCUGGGCAGGGCCGGCGGAACGGGGUCGGACCCAGUCUCCGCUGCCGCGGGACUGGCCGCGUGAGCAGGACCGGAACUGGGAGCGGGACCGAGACCGGGACCGGAACUGGGAGCGGGACCGAGACCGGGACCGGAACUGGGAGCGGGAGCGGGAGCGGGAGCGGGAGCGGGAGCGGGAGCGCGAGCGGGAGCGCUACCUGCAGCGUGGCGGAGACCGCAGUCAUGACAGGCCGCUCGGCGGCGAGGAGGGCGGCCGUGACAGGGACUGGGACCGCGACAGGCGGCCUCGACCUCCACCUCCUGACAGGGAGCGGGAGUGGGAGCGCGGGCGGGCACAGGGAAGCCCGGAGCGUGGCGGCUGGGCUGACCGACCCAGGACAGAUUCUCGGGACAGGAUUGGACGUUAGCAGUAGGGCAUGUGGGGGCAAGAAUCCUAUGAUAAAACUUUUGCUUCGGACACAGCAGCUGUAGGCGUCGCAUUGACAACGGGUCACGAAGUACGAUGGUACGGUAUUGCUUGACGCAGGAUUCAGAACUUCAGAAGAAAAGUCUUUACACCGCAAAGCGGGCCUAAUGCUGUCAUUGCGUUUAAUUCAACCUGUUGGCUAAACACAGUGAACACGCACACGGUUGUGUGCAUACGCGUCCUGGCGACUUUGGGGACAAGCGCGUCUGUGUGUCGUGCCGUCCUUUUGGUGUGCACUUGUGGCAGUAAUCAUCAAGCACGAUUGCCGUAGUAUGUGGUGCAGCUGGUAGGCCGGUGGGUAGGCAGAUGAUAGGCUCUAGUGCAGUCUUGACGUGGCAAGCAGCGCAGGCUAGAAAGCAGCUCAGGCAGGGUGCGGUUGCAGGCAGGGGCAGGGGCAGGGUGAGCAUUGCUGCGGGCAACCCGAACUUGACCGAAAUCCUGGGACUAGGAGCCUGGGUCUGGGACCGGGAUGCAAGACAAGCAUCCACGGAAAGCACGGGGGGACGUGCGCCGGUGCAGGGGAUUCGCACGCGCCUGGCACGGGGUAUCGUGCUGAAGUUUGAUUGAAGCAAUUCAUGUAAGAGAAAUGUAAG